AUUGGUUGCCCUCCCAUGUCUUGGUUCGCUACAAGUAUACCUACGCCUGUCUCGCCCCCCCCUCUCUCUCUCUCUCUUUCUCUCGUUGUGUCCGUCUUUAUGUAUCCGUCUCUCUUGAUGGGUCCAGGUGCUCUCGAGGUGCCUCUCUGGGGGUAGAAUGUGAGUGAUGUCUCUCUUCUCUUCGCUGCGUUUUUCUUCUCUCUGUCUGAACUUUUUUGGUGUCUCUCUAUUUUCUUAGUGCUUACAAAGCCCUGCUUCUACGGUGAGUGAUGAAGCAGCUGGGCAUGAAAUACCAUUAGAGUUAGGCCGUGGCUGGGGAAGAGGAUUAGCUUUUAGAUUUGUUCUUUUUGGGUGUGUGGGGGUUGACCAUGAUGCAGGCCGCAAUCGCCUUCAAAAAUAAUGGAGGACUUGGCCAGAUUUCUGUCCCUCAGGCACCCCAGGCUACUCUGGUGCCUUGGUGGCUUGGAUCCCAACCACUCUAUGAAGAGCCUUUUGGACAAUCGAAGUCUUUUACUGAGAACCAUCCCAAUGGAGAGGACCAGUUACCUGCCGCUCCCCGACAAAUGCAUCAUGCUGUAGACCCCAGGCCAGGGCCGGGGCCGGGGCCGGGGCCGGGGCCGGAUAAAGGGGGUAAUAGUACGACUAAGUCCUCAGUAAUCCCAGACUCCAAUGAUUCAGGCAAAGAGCAGAAAACUGAGCAACAUUCUGCAGUCAUCUCUCUGCAGUCAUCUAUGCCUGAAUAUCAAGGUUGUUUUGAACUGGGACUUGGUCAAACUAUGGUUUGUUCCAAUUAUUCUUAUGUCGAUCACUGCUAUGGUCUGUAUGCACCAUAUGGAGCUCAAGCAAUGCAUGGGCGUAUGCUUUUGCCAUUGAAUAUGAGCACCGAUGGACCAAUCUAUGUGAAUGCAAAGCAGUUUCAUGGUAUCCUGCGUCGUCGACAGGCUCGUGCUAAGGCAGAGAGAGAGAACAAACGGACUAAAGUCCGGAAGUUUUCAUUUCUACAGCCAUACCUGCAUGAGUCACGUCACCUACAUGCUAUGCGCCGGGCAAGAGGCAGUGGUGGUCGCUUUCUUAACACAACAAAGGCAGGCACAGGACAAGGUGGUAACCUCAAUACCAAGGUGAGAGUUGAGGCGCCUCCCCCUCGUCCUGCUGCAUGUCCAAGAUCUGAAGUCCUGCAAUCUGAUAGCGGGAAUAUCAUCUCAGCAAGUGGUAGCUCAAGCUUAUCAGGAUCGGAGGUUUCGAGCAUGUAUGCUCGGGAGGAUGAUCACUUCCAGGUCAUUGAGCGUCUUCAUCCAUCUGGUUCCCACCCUAUGUCUAAUAUGAUGGAUGGAGUGCAUGGUGCAAGUAUCCACAUGAAGUGGGUGACAGCAGCUGAUGGCUGCUGUGACCUCCUUAAAGUCUGAUGACGGUGAUACUGGGGAGGGGUGGCUGUCAAUUGUAGUAUUUGCUUCUUCGGGCUGAAGAUGGGUACUCAGCUUGAGAGUAAUGCUGCACCAUAUUGAAUCCCCUCCAAAGCUUUCGACCAAAUGGAAGAGCUGGCUGCACUUUCAUUCUGCUUGCGAAGCCAGUUCUGGUUCAGGGAUUGUCCCUACCAUCAUUUGGUCAUUUUCUGAAGGCAAUUCAUUCUUGGCUUACGUCUUUCUCAUCGCUCAACGGUUCCUGGAACUCUAGCAGCCUUGGGAAAGUCUUCUAUCUGUAAAAAGGACAUCUGCAGCGUUCAUCCCUGUCAGUGCUGGUACUUAGAAUAGGAACCAAAAUUCUGGAGUGGUAAUGUUUGUAACCAUGAUAUGGCUGGAUAGCUGGUGCCUUUGAGGGAGAUUGCUUAAGGUCAGGCAUUCAAGUUUUGAAUCCUGAGCUUUGGUAAUAUGUAGCUUUAUGUGUGGAAACUAGUUUGGUUGUUUGAUGUCAUAUGGCAUUGUUCAUGGUAUGAUUAUUUACUUUUGAAGCCCUUAGUAUCUAUCACCUGUUGUUCA